UGUACGACGCUUUCGUUCACUUUCAAGUUUUUCCCUUCCAUCCGCGACGGAAUUGCUUCCAUAGCACCUCGAUGAGACGCGCGGCAACGACACAUGUGACUUUGCGGGAAGGACUAGAUCGACGAUUUCGAGUUCGGGUUUGAUUGUUGCAGAAUACGGUGAGACUUGAAUGCUUGUGAUUUUCCUGGGCCCUUACUUUGGAAUCUUGAGUGUCCUCGGUCUCUGCAGUUACAAGAUUUUCAUCUAGUGCAUUUCAAUGGACAACCUUGUUGAUUCACUCAAUAGUGCCUACCAAGAUUUUGUUGCUGCAGCAGCAAAUGUGCUUGAAGUUAAGGAAAAUGCUGGCGCCCAGAAAGCAACGGCAACAGAUACUGCUCUAGAAAACUUUAAGCAGAAGUGGGAAUUAUUUAGAGUGGCAUGUGAUCAAGCCGAGGAGUUUGUGGAGUCUGUGAAGCAAAGGAUAGGAUCAGAGUGUCUGGUGGAUGAGGCAACUGGCUCCGUGGCAGGAAAGCCUGGACAGGCUACCACAACUGGUCUUCCACCCAUCAGUGCAGUUCGGUUGGAACAGAUGAGUAAAGCAGUUCGCUGGCUUGUUAUUGAAUUGCAACAUGGUUCUGGAUCUGCUGCUGCUAAUUCAGCUCAUUCUCAUCCCUCGGCUCCGUUUGAUGCUAGGUUCCCUGAAGAUGCUGCUCAGUGACAUGAAUACAACCGCUAAUUUGUUGUAUUUACUCAUUUUGUGGCUCUGGGUAUCAAUUUUUCUUAGGCCGCAGUGUUUCGGGCGUUUUGUUUGCCUUUAGAAUGCCUCUUAUGUACAAGUUAUGUAAUUUUUUUUUUUAAAUAGAAGGGCACAGUAAGAACCGUGCAAAAGGCGUAAGAAUCAAGUCAUAUUAAAAUUUAAGAUGAUUCUGCAUUUUAUAGGAGGAUCAGUAAAAAUAAUAAUAUCGUAAUUGUCUUGAGGAGUUUGGUGAGCAAGCA